GUCUCCAGUCACCAUACUGUUUCUGCUGUUUCUGCCUUAGGAUGUAGCUGUUUUGCUGUGAAUGUGAGGUUGUCUCUCUUUCUCGUCUUUCUUGCUGUCCUGAAGCAAUGCAAGUAACAUGGGUAUGAAUUUAGUUCGGAUUUUGCUGAUCCAUGAAGCAUGUGUAAAUGAAGUUUGGUAUUUGUCUAGUGAGUUAUUCUGGCAGCAAAAGAACCUUCGCCAUGCAAGUGUGUGUAUCUCAAGGUUCCUGCCGUCUGCAGGCGUUGUGUGUCGUUUGGAGAUUUCACGGCGGAGACGGAGACGGAGACAGAGACAGAGACAGUUUCUGAGGAACCGAACGCUGACUUCGUACUGGCGCGACUGGUCGCCCGAGAAGACUUCAGUGUGAACUACACACAACACACACACUACAAGGUUGACUCCGACAGAAGAACACAGUGUCCUAGGAUGCCGCGAAACUCGCGAUGAAGAGGGAACACCUCACAGUUGCUGGGUCACCUCGCGAGAAACGCUGUGCGUGACCUCGUUCUGCCGCACGCAAUAUCCGAUAUCCGGACUGGUCAGCCGGAGUGCUUCAACGUCGUUAGUGGCUCGCAGACGGGGACACCGAGCAUAUCUGCGCAUCUGCUUCACUGCCUGGCAGGGACAGUAAUGGACCCAGCUCGAGUCACAGGGUACAUCAUUCUGUGGACAGGUUUCCAGGCUGUAAGUUGCCAUAAUGUGGAGCACCAGACCGGACAGAUGAGUGAGUGGGCCCUUGGCACGUGCAUCCUGCACAUAAAUGAGCCCUGUGACGACAUCAAGGUCCGCUUUCUGCUGUACGCAGUCGACGGAGAACCACUACCAUUGCAAACGCAUGACCCGAACCCACCACCCGGCACCUUUGAUGCAGAUCUGCCCACAAAGAUUCUGAUCCACGGGUACGCGGGCCAUGCAGAGUUCAACAGCACAGUUGUUAUCAGACAAGCCUACUUGGCUCGCAGAGGCUCCAACGUUAUCGCUGUGGACUGGGGCCCUCUGGCAAGUCCUCCUUGCUACUUUGCUGCCAUAUUCAACAUGCUCCAAGUGGCAACGUGUACCACUCACAUGCUCCUGGGCCUUGCGACAAAGUUUUCUCUCCACCUGGCAAAUGUGCAUGCCGUGGGUUUCAGCCUCGGCGCACACAUUGCUGCACUCUUAAGCAACAGCCUGUCCGUGGCCAGCGGUUCAAGGUUGGGCAGGAUAACAGGACUGGACCCAGCCUUGCCGCUGUUCGCGACGCUCAAUGACGGCUGGAAGCUGGACUCUGGGGACGCCGAUUUUGUGGACGUGAUUCACACGAACGGUGGGGUGUUUGGCAAGAUCGAAGCAGCUGGACACGCUGACUUCUUCGUCAAUGGAGGCAGCUUUCAGCCCGCGUGCGCUGGUCACAGAAAUGUGCCAGUUUGCAGUCAUCUGCUUGCAGCCAUCUACUUCGCUGAGUCCGUAACGUCCGAUGCCGGCUUCUGGGGCCGACCGUGCACCAACUUCUGGCAGUACCUCCUGGGCCUGUGCCCCGGCGGGAGCUUGCCUGAGGAGCAGCAGGUGCUGAUGGGAGACACGUGCAGUGGCACGACCAGAGGCAUUUUCCUCGUGGAAACAAGUGAUUCCCCACCGUACGCCCUAGGGAAGCAUCACGAUUUUCCACCGCAAGUCUUUGGGAAGCAUUAUUAUCAAUAUUAUACACUGUGGAAGCAUCAGGAUUCUCCACCAUGCGCCAAGAAAGCAUUAACAUUUCCCACCAUUCCCAAGGGAAGCAUUCCCUGUUUUAAGUUGGGGAAACAUUAGGAUUCCCAGCUAUACGCCAUGGCGGAGAAUCAGGAUUCCCCAAGAAAUUGAGGAGCAUCAUGACUGCCCUUACCUUACACAUUUUGGAAGCAUCAUAAUCCCCCCUCCCGGUGUGCCCUUGGAAAGUACGUAUCAGGAUACCUAAUCUUACAGUCUUUGGAAUCAUCAGGAUUUGUCACCAUGAUUUCCAGUGAAGCUUCAUGAUUUUCCUAACUUACACUUGGGAAGCAUCAGAAUUCCCCACCUUGCACACUUGGGAAGUAUCAGGAUUCUCCACCAUAUAUUCCCAUAUUUCUCUGAUACAUAUAGUAAACCUUUCAGUUAGAAGAGUGCUCUCAACUCAACAUCAGCAUGUUGUGCAUAAUUAAAAGAGUUUCAAAAAGUUCUGUGAGGGCAUAUUGACACAUACUUAGUUCAGCAUUUAUACUGAUAUGCUUAAGUAAUAUAUUUUUCGAACAAAAGGCUACCUUGACAACAGUGUGCAUAGUGGAAAUUGUUUAUAUUCAUGUAAGAUGUGUAAUAAAUUGUGCAGAAAGAAACACUAUAAUCUGAAGGAAUGUUUGUUUGAAUGACAUUGAAGUUAUGUAAUAUGUUUUUAUUUGUGGGUGUGAGCAUUAUAGUUUUUUUCAUAAUGUAAUGAUGUGAAAAUAUGUGAUUAUUUUUUAUUAUGUUUUGUGUUCACAUUUGUUCUUAUCAGCUUCAUAGAAGCUGGGUUCUUGGAGGCAAGCCUCUCUGGUUCAUGCAUGGCAUAUGCUUUGGAUAUUGUCUAGUCUGUUAGCUAACCCUUUCAGCAUUACUGAACACUGUGUAUUUGCAAUGAAAACUGUAAGCAGGAAUAAUGUUUGGUGUACAGCUUUAUGUACUAUACCCUUGUCAGAAUGCUUAACACAUGAACAUAGUUUACUUUAAAGAAACCUUGAUUUCAGUGCACAAGAGUUGGAUUCUGUGUUUAAGUAUCAGGUAGUCCUGAAGCGUAAGGUGCCCUACAGAGGAUACUCCAGGUUGCGUAUAGGUUCACGUGAUCACAGGACAGGGCGAGCAGGGGAGGACAAAGAAAUCAGCAAGGCGGAAAUACCCAAACAGAAAUAACCAAAUCAAAUGUUAACAAAGAAUAAAUAUAAUAUAUUAAUAAAGAAAGAAUACAAACAUAAUGUAAAUACCUGUAUGAGAAUGAUUGCAGAGUUCGCUGUUCUCAGAUAGAAUACUAUGUAGAGAAAUUAAUUUAGACGGUCGAGGAUGACCUCGACCGGUGGUCCGAAACGAGAACAACCUACCCCAUCGACGGUUGGAAAACCAAGAGCCUAGAGCUCCAGAUGUUAGGCCGCUAAGUCGGCUCGGAAGGGGAAGGAGAGAAGGGGACAGUAGAGAAAGUAGAGGGGAGAAGUGCGCACACAGACCACGGACAGGAGCCGACGUCACAGUCCCACAGUAGUUGAUUGUUUAUAUACAAAUGGCAUUUUGCUACUAAAGUUCUUGGGUUCAGUGCAUAUCAGAAUCAGUUGUUUUUAUGCCAGAAACAUGGGAAACGUUCCUUUUCUGAAUAUGAUCUUGAAGUCUAAUUAACUCGAUAUGACCACAGUACAGAAUCUUCACAUAAUGCAGCAGUAAAUGAUGAUAGAGGCCCCAUAAAGCAAGUGAGAGAAAGUAGCCUAUUUAUUAAAUGUGUCUUGGCA